GAUUUCCACGACAAGUACGACAAAUCGAAGAACCUCAGCAACCAUGCAGAUCUUCGUCAAGACCCUUACGGGCAAGACCAUCACCCUUGAGGUCGAGUCCUCUGACACCAUCGACAAUGUUAAGGCCAAGAUCCAAGACAAGGAGGGAAUUCCUCCCGAUCAACAACGUUUGAUCUUCGCUGGAAAGCAACUUGAGGACGGACGUACUCUCUCAGACUACAACAUCCAAAAGGAAUCUACUCUCCACUUGGUCCUCCGUCUCCGUGGUGGUCUUAUUGAGCCAUCUCUUAAGGCCCUUGCCUCCAAGUUCAACUGCGAGAAGAUGAUCUGCAGAAAGUGCUACGCCCGUCUCCCUCCCCGUGCUACCAACUGCAGAAAGAAGAAGUGCGGACACACCAACCAACUCCGCCCAAAGAAGAAGCUCAAGUAAAUGUUUCGCUCCUAUGGCGUUUGGGUUCACAGGGAGAUUGUGGAAGGGAGGAUUGGUGCGCGGAUAUAUCAAUGGAUUCUUUGCGUGGCCGGCUCUGUAUUUGAGAUCAAUAGCAUGAGGCAAAUGAAGCAAUGAGACGAUUAUUCAGCACACCAAUUACAAAUAUCUUCAAGAACA